AUGCGUCCGCGGUUGGUGAUCCUGUCGGUGCUGUUGGCACUGCAGCAGUACCUCGGAACUGGUUCAUGUUCGGAGGAUGAGGAACGGUUGGUGCGAGACCUGUUCCGUGGUUACAACAAGCUCAUACGUCCGGUACAAAAUAUGACACAGAAGGUGGAUGUACGGUUCGGGCUCGCUUUCGUGCAACUGAUCAACGUGAACGAGAAGAAUCAAAUUAUGAAGUCGAACGUCUGGUUGCGGUUGGUGUGGAGCGACUACCAGCUACAGUGGGACGAAGCUGAUUACGGUGGCAUCGGUGUACUCCGGUUACCUCCGGACAAAGUGUGGAAACCAGAUAUCGUGCUGUUCAAUAAUGCCGACGGUAACUACGAGGUGCGCUACAAAUCAAACGUACUAAUCUACCCGAACGGUGAGGUACUGUGGGUACCGCCCGCCAUCUAUCAAAGCUCGUGCACCAUCGACGUCACCUACUUCCCGUUCGAUCAGCAAACCUGCAUCAUGAAGUUCGGCUCGUGGACGUUCAACGGGGAUCAGGUAUCGCUCGCCCUGUACAACAACAAAAACUUCGUCGAUCUGUCCGACUACUGGAAGUCGGGCACGUGGGACAUCAUCGAAGUGCCCGCCUACCUCAACGUGUACGAGGGCAACCCGACGGAGACGGACAUCACGUUCUACAUCAUCAUCCGGCGCAAGACACUCUUUUACACGGUCAACUUGAUCCUGCCGACGGUGCUGAUUUCGUUCCUGUGCGUGCUCGUCUUCUAUCUACCGGCGGAAGCCGGCGAGAAGGUAACGCUCGGCAUCAGUAUUCUCCUGUCACUGGUUGUGUUUCUGUUGCUGGUGUCGAAGAUUUUACCACCGACCUCGCUGGUGCUGCCACUGAUCGCCAAGUAUCUGCUGUUCACCUUCAUCAUGAACACGGUCUCGAUCCUGGUGACGGUGAUCAUCAUCAACUGGAACUUCCGUGGGCCGCGCACGCACCGCAUGCCGAUGUGGAUACGGUCCGUCUUUCUCCACUAUCUGCCCGCGAUGCUGCUGAUGAAGCGUCCGCGCAAGACGCGCCUCCGCUGGAUGAUGGAGAUGCCGGGUAUGAGUGUGCCGCCGCAACCCCACACCCAUCCCUCGUACGGUUCACCGGCCGAGAUACCGAAGCACAUCAGUGCGCUCGGUGCGAAACAGUCGAAGAUGGAGGUGAUGGAGCUGUCCGAUCUGCACCAUCCGAACUGCAAGAUGAACCGGAAGCUCAACAGUGGCGAUCUCGGCAUCGGUGCGGACAGCUGCCGCCGGGAGAGCGAAAGCUCCGACUCGAUACUGCUCUCACCGGAGGCGAGCAAGGCAACGGAGGCGGUCGAGUUCAUUGCCGAGCAUCUGCGCAACGAAGAUCUCUACAUACAGACACGGGAGGACUGGAAGUACGUCGCGAUGGUGAUCGAUCGGUUGCAGCUGUACAUCUUCUUCAUCGUCACCACAGCUGGCACGGUUGGCAUACUGAUGGAUGCACCGCACAUCUUCGAGUACGUCGAUCAGGACCGGAUCAUCGAGAUCUACCGUGGCAAGUAA